ACAUAAAGUCGAUUCUAACCAAAUUUAUUAAACCCAUAUUGAGCAAAACCAGUAGAUUUUUUUAAAAUAUUUUUUCGGACAUACCCGAGCUAUAUGAAAAUUGAAUUCUUCUUCUUCCACAACAAUCACUCGAACAACCGGUCUGACUGACAACGAAACAAAGUACCACGAAUUUGGAAGGUUCUUUUUUUGUAAAAAGUGAAGGGGAACAUAUUGCACAAUCUCUUUUUUCGUUAAUAAAUAUGGGAGAUACUCAUUUAGACAAUCCUCCUAAGUGCUACCAAAGUAGGAGAAUAACCUUGUCGGCGUGUCAUCGACUACAUAGUCAAUAUUUAAGUGACGAAGAAAAUGCGAAAAUUUACGGAAAAUGCAACCAUGUGAACGGACACGGCCACAAUUACGUUGUAAAAGUCACUCUCUAUGGGGAGAUUGACAAAAAAACGGGAAUGCUGAUGAAUCUUACCGAUUUAAAAAAAUGCAUGGAAGAAGCAAUUAUGGUGCCAAUGGACCAUAAGAAUUUGGAUAAAGAUAUUGAUUUUUUCAAAAUCUGCCCAAGCACAACAGAAAAUGUUGCCAUAUUCAUUUGGAAGCAAAUGCAACAAAUUAUGGACCGACCCAAACUUCUUUACGAAGUCGAGAUACACGAAACCGAGAAUAACAUCGUCAGAUAUAGAGGAGAGUGAAUCUGCAUUCAAGACAUUCUAUUUUUUUAUUAUAUGUAAUAUAUUAAUCUCAAAAUAGAUCAAUUUACAUUCA